AUGUCAAUAAGUUCAAUUGAAGACUUAUCUAAUGAAUUGUUUUAUGAAAUAUUUGGAUAUCUUGAUGCUUGUAAAAUCUAUUAUGCUUUUUCAAAACUUAAUUAUCGUUUUCAAAAAUUAAUUAAUUCUUCAUCACUUCUAUUAAAACUAAAACUUGAUAAUUCAAAAUCAGAAAAAAUAUUUAUGAAUAAUUACCAACAAAUUUUACAUCUCAAUAAAGGUCAAAUAUUUUCGAUUCAUUUAUGGACAUCAGAAAAUACUAAUCAAAUUAUCUCAACAUUUACUAUUGAUUCAUCAUUUAAUUGUCUUGAAUCUCUUGUUUUUUAUGCAAUUAAAUCAGAUCUAUUAAUUUCACUUCUUCCAACAUUAACUUGUUUAUCUCGUCUUUUCUCAUUAACAAUCGAAAUAUGGUCUAAUAUAAAAGAUCUUGGUAAUAUCUAUCAAUUAAUUUUCAACUUACCAAAAUUAAAAUAUAUCAACUUUAGAGCAAUGGAAUCCAAUGAAGAUAUAAUUAUUUCAUUACCAAUUGCUACUAAUGAACAAAUAAGUUCUAUCGAAUAUCUUAUUAUGGAACAUCCUUGUGCUUUCGAUGAACUUUCUGCUAUAACAUCUUAUACUCCUAAUCUUCAUCAUUUAAAAUUUUUAAGUCUUACACAUCGAAAAGUAGAUAUUACAAGUAUUAAACCAAUGAUAUUACCAAAUUUAAAACAUCUUUCUAUUCAUAUAUAUAGAAAAAUGUCAUUUAAUGUAUUUGAAAUAUUCAUUAGUAAAUUAAAUUCAAAAAUAAAAAUUUUAUCAUUGACAACAAUAUUUGAAGAUAUUGCUUAUCUUGAUGCUAAUCGAUGGGAAAAUUUUAUUUUAACAAAAUUACCUCAAUUAGAAAAAUUUUAUUUUAAAUAUAGUGCAUAUUUUGCAGAAGAUUAUCAAACUCCAAUGUAUUCCGGACAACGUGAUCAAUUUAUUUCAUCAUUUUGGCUUCAACGAGGAUGGAUAUUAGACAUUGAAGUUGAAGAUGAAAAUAUCAUUUAUUCAAUCCGUCCAUAUCAAAAAAGAUGGUAUGAAUAUGAUACAGAACAUAAGAUGAUUAAUACUUCUGAUCAAUUAUCAAAAUCUAUUCGACUUAGUCUAGAUGACGUAUGUCCUGAACAAUGGACAAAGACGAUAUUCAUAAAUGAUUAUAUUAACCAUAUUUUAACUCUAACACAAAUUUAUCAUUUAG